AUGGUAGGGGCGUAAUUGGUAUAGAAAUCCGGCUAUAUAUAUGCUCCAUCAAUGUAAGUCGCAUCAGUUUCAUAGGCCAUCUCAGCUCAGGUAGUCACCUGUCCUCCUCCAGACGGAAAGCAGACGCAUCGCAACCACCGCCGAGCAUGAAGCUGAUCAUCGCUCUCUUCGCCCUCGUGGCCGUCGCUGUCGCGGCACCAGUUCAAGACAACAGCCAGACCGUGGUCGUGAAGGAGACUCCCUUGGACAACAUCGGCAUCGACGGCUACCAGUUCGGUUACGAGCUGUCGAACGGCGAAAGCCGCGAGGAGUCCGCUCAGCUGGUGAACGCCGGCACCGAGAACGAGAGCCUUGCUGUCCAGGGUAGCUUCAGUUAUGUCGACCCGGCCACCAAUGUCAGAUACACCGUCAACUACAUCGCCGACGAGAAUGGAUUCCAGCCGCAGGGCGCCCAUUUGCCGGCCUGAGUCGUCGAUGAAUUUAGUCUUUAAAUAAAUUCUUAUUUUUACUUAA